AGUCACCAACACGCUGUGGUAAUACUACACAAAUCUAAAGGAGAAAACACCGCCGAUUUCGAAAUUUCAUCGAAUAUUUGGAAUUGACUUCAGUACUAAGAUAACUGUUGAAUAUUUGCGGUAGUAUUACUUGAGUUGGCGUCGAAGGAAAGGUAGAGCUGACUGAGAUAUGGGCGGGAAAUCCCGGCGUUCGGAGCCAAUGGCGAAUGAAAAUUGAGUGUCGGUACUACAGAGUGUGUACAUCAUGCCACGUCAAAAACAAUCUAAACCGAAGGCGCUUAAACAGCAACGUGAGGAAGUGGAGCAGCUGAUACGGGAUGGUGGGACGUCUGACCCAAAAAAGCAAGAUUCAUCUGUCAAGUCUUCAAGGCAAUCUGCUGUCCUUUCAUCUGCUGGAAAGGGGAAGAGGCGACAUCGGCACAAGAAUGCCAUGAAAGUGAAGAUAGUUAAGAGGGUACGGAACAAGCGCAUCACGAAGGCUCUUCAAGCAAAAGCGAGUCCUGUUAGUGAAAAUGCCAAUGCUAGUGACAGAAUCUCCUGUUUGAAUCCAAACAGUAAUGAGAAGCCAGUAACUGAACUUCCAGAAGUGGAUUCUCAAAAUGUGGUGACAGAAUUGGGAUCGGAAGCAGCCUCUGAUAGCUAUGUAUCAGAUGUUGACAUUUUCAAGGACAAGUAUGACAUGAUCAAAGAGAGAAGCCUUAAGCGGGCCACCAAGGUCAAACAGACUGUUUCAGACAAUGAUAGAGCUAAAGGCAUUGAAGGUAGCCCUAAAAAGGGAUUAGAAAGUCCAAACAAAGCCCCAGUUUCAUCUGUAAAGGAGCCAGAAAGUCACAUGCAGAGAAGUCCAACAAAAUUUGAAGCAUCAGUCGAACAGAUAUCACCCAAACCAAGGCACUCAAAUUUACAAAGGAAAUCAACAGAGAGGGAGAGUGGACUAUUCAACCGUGGAAGCACACUAAGUUAUACGAAGAACAUUGUGAAAGGCCGAAAACGCUGUGUUUCUGAGGGGAUGCUAACUCCUCAGGAGGCACUGUCCAAACAGCAAGCGUUGGAGGCUUUGCUUCAGAUAACUGGUGUCGAAUUGCACACAAUGAGCAAAGUGCCUGCACGUUUACGGGAAGAAACAGGGCCAACUAUGGUUACAAUGACAAACUCAGCUCCUCUUGCAUCGCAGACGUCACUCACUGAUACAAACAUUGGGAGCAUGGUAAAAAUCAGUGAGUCCGAUAAAGGAGUUGUGAAAUACCAACUGCUGUCUGACUCACUGGAAGAGCAAGGUUUGAAACUUGUGUAUACAGCACCUGCCAUUGGACAAACAAACCAGGAACAAAUGAGCUACAGCGCCUAUCGCCCACGCAAGAACAGCACAAGAAGUAAUGCAUCUGAUUCAGCUGAAGACCCCACUGCCAAAGACUCACAAAAAUGCUGUAAAAAACCUGGACGACAUGUCUGUCAGUUUUGUGGACGUCGUUGCACAAAGCCAAGUGUUUUGAAAAAGCAUAUCCGUUCUCACACUGGAGAACGUCCUUACCCAUGUUCACCUUGUGGAUUCUCAUUUAAAACUAAGAGCAAUCUUUACAAACACUGCAAGACUCAUGCACAUGCCAUCAAGGCAGGACUCACACCCAACUCAGAGGAUCUUGCAAAGCUAGCUUUGCCGGAUCUAGAUGAAGAUGACUCUGAAGAGACAGAGAGUGAAGAUGAGAUAACAACAUGUGAUGCCACAACGUGCCAAAUGGAACGAACUGAAAAAUUGUCAGAGAGUAUUGCCCCUUCGCAUGGUGGCUCCACACCACGUUCGGAGACAGAGCCAAUAUCAAAAGCCUCACAAGAGGAGAGAAAUACUAAACCAUCUAACAUUCCCAUGUUACAAGUACCUAGGAGCCUUGUUGCAAUACCAAAUAUUCCCCAGCAGCAGGCAGACAGCCAAAGUAACCAGGAAACCGUCUCAAGACAUUCCAGCUGGGUCCCUACCCAAACUUCAGUACUACCAACAAAUACAUGUAAUAUCAAAAUGGAUAUGCCAUUACUGAGUACACUACUCCCCACAAAAUCACCAAAGUCAACUGAUAUCAAAUUAGUUGAUAGACCCUCUUCAGCACCCUCGGUAUCUGCUGUAACAAUCUCCAAGUCCAACUCUAGCCAGAAAGAUAGGCAUGUCACAUCAGAAAGCCGACACGAUGAAGAAGUAGUAAUGUCAGCAUCUGGAGCCUCUUCAAGCCAGCUGUUGAAGUCUAUACUUCCUGGAGAGCUAGCUGGAUUCCGCAUUGACAUGGAAACUAGACGGGCCAUUCCCGUCUUGAAUCCUCAGGUUGGAACACCAGGAGCAAUGCCUACAGCCAAUGAAGCUUCAUCAAAUUCUGGCCAACUGCUUAUCCCUCUCACAGGGUUCAAUAUCGUGAAGUCUGGUGGUCAGUAUCAUGUCCAGAUUCCUGUACAAGGCAUCCCUGAAGAUUCCUUAACGAUGAGCCUAGAUGGAGAGUCGGGCUCAGUAGCUGAUGACACAAACAGUAGUUCCAGUUUCACCAAGAGUGUUUCCAAAGAGAGUCUCCAGGAGAGAAUCCAGCUCUUGAUUUCCCAGAACCGUGCGAUUGUGGACAACACUGUGCUUGAAUCAGUGAAGCCACGACGUACCAGUGCUUCACGCAGAGACAGUGAAAAUAAUUCACCAAGGGUAGAGAUGUCAGUGGAACCCACAAAUAAUGUAAGUGCUCAAGAAGUUAGAGGGGUCAACCCAUCAGGUUACCAUGAGGUUGUGAACCCUCAAAUGCGUUACAGGAGGAACUCCUUGCCAGAAGCGCAGCACUCGCCUUCUGUAUCCCAUGGUUCUAUGAUUGCGUAUCCCCUUCCUGGUGAAGGAAACCUUCUGGAGCGUGUCUUGAAGUCCCAGCAGCAGAGCACUUUGAAAGGAACCUCUGUGGCUAACAAGGAAAUACAACUUCCAACACGGGAUUUGCCUGCAACAAAAGUUGAUGUACCAAUGCAGCAUACAGGAAAUCCCAGGGACAACAGCAACUCUAUCAAAGAUCUCUUGAUGCAAGACAGGCCACAUCGAUUAGCACAGAUUGCUCAGCACUCUCCUGUACAAAUGCCAGAUGAUUCUCCAGCGGGACAAGGGUCCCCUACCAUGAGAUUUUUCCCAGGAUCUCCUUGGUUGUUACCCCAAGAUGGAGACUCGGCGAUGAAUCAGCUGAGAGGCACACUGCAGCAGCACAGAGCAACACCACAUGCUCAUAAUUUGAUGUGUCAUUCAUCAUGUAAUGUAACAGAGGAUGUAAAUGUAUCCCAAAGGAUCUCUGAAUUGAGAGGUACUGGCCGAAGGAGGAAGUACAAAUCUGAGAGUGACAUCAUUGGUGAUGGAAUUCAGGCAGGGCCUUCCUCUCCAAAGAGACGAGCCAGGAAGAUUAAAGACAUUCCUUCUGUGGUUUCUCCUCUUGCUACAAGCAGUGUUCAACAUCAGGCAUCAAGUCUUACACCAUCUAGAACUCUCACUGAGCUUCAAAAAGGUGUAGGCUUGAAACCUGUCAGUCCUCUUGGCCAUUUUACUUCCUUUCCUGGCCAUGUUUCUUCACUGCCAUAUCCACUUACAUCUCCAUCAACUCACUUCACUACAUAUUCAACACCCUUGACCCCAAACUCUGGUUACUCAACCGUUCACACAAGCCAAACAGCUGGCAAUACCCCUGGUCACAUGGCCCUGGUACUGAAUCACAUGACACCAAUUCAGAGUCAUGUUCCACCAAUACAAAGUCAAGUAACAACAGUGCGGACUCCCUUGAUACCAGUGCCGAGCCACAUGACAUCAGCAUCAGGUGUCUUGUCACUGUCAAGUCAGACAGCAUCAGUGUCAAGUGUACUGUCACCAAGUUCAAGUCACUUGAUGACACAUAGUCCAAUGCAACACUACGUGGGUCCUCUCACAUCAGUAUCAAGCCUUAUUUCAUCGCAGCCUGGGCAAAUGAUGUCUUCUGUUGUUCAGAGUACGUGUACAUAUUCAUUGCAAGGAACACCAACUCACCUGCCACAUCAGACUGCUGUUCAUCCAAGUCCUGUUAGUAGUGUCUACACACAAUCCCAGCCAGUCUUGUCAGAGGUGUCUGUUAUCCAGCAUACCAGAAUGCAGGGCAAAAGUGAGCCAACCAAUAAGGAGUUGAAACUAGAAGUAGGCCAAGCCAGAGAUGAUGCCUUUACGGGCUACUCAUGGCCCUACAGAUACCCUGUGUCAACGCAGAGUGCAGGAGUUCCUUCACCUGCCAGCCAGGGUCUACAUCUGUUGGCAGUAGCUUCUAAGACUCCAGAUUUGCCUACUUAUCCCUUGGUGGGCAGUCAGAAUCAAUGUUUUUCAUUGUCAGAGAGGAUGCAGGCAGACAAAAAAAAUGAACAGUUGAUAUCUCCAUUGCUAAAUGAUCCUUCAAGACAGUGUGACAAGCAGAAACCCAGUGAAGAAACUGAGAAUGCAGCCCCUAUCGCAAUGCAACUACUUGCAGCAGUUGCUCAAAGCUCUUCUUAUGCCCCAAGACUCAGCCCAAGAGAUUUUGUCUCAAGCAAGGCAACAAGUGAAUCCAAAGUAAUCGACCAAACUCAGCAAGAUCAGCCAAUCAAUAGCAGUCCCGCAGCUUUUCAAAGGGAUGUUGAGGGCACCAGUGUUUCAAAUCAGGAGCAACUCGUGCAACCUGUACCAUCACUCCCAGAGAUGAAGCAACAGAGAGAAAUCAUUUCACCAAAGACAGUUAAAGUGGAAAGAAAUUCAGCGAGUCCUAAGUCUCCUAGGUGUGAUGCUAGAGCUCUGAGGAGUGAUAACAGCAGGCAGAGUCCUACUACAUUACCACGGGUUCCCGCCUCUAGACACCAUCUGAAACUUGACCUAAAGUCACCUCUAACAUCACGCAUGAAAUCCCCAGGAGCUGCAGAUUCUCAAAAGUCACUUCUGCAGAUUGAUCCUAAGAGUCUCCUCACACCUGAAGCGCUCUCAAUUGCUGAGUCAGUGAUGAAACUGGCAUCUCCAAUGAAGGCAAAUACUCCCAUUACUCCUGUGGAAUCAGCACGUGAGUUGGGACGAUUAAUGGCACAUGCUUUUCACAAUGCAGGCGGAAAGGUUGAGAGUCUGAUUACAUCUACUCAAGGCACAAUGAUGAUUGGACCCAUUGCCACUCCCACACCAGGUUCAGGCAGUGGUUCAACACAGUAUUUCAUCAUUCCCUCGCCAUCUUCAUCUCAACCUCCAUCAGGCUUUCCAGGGCCAAAUACAUUAUUUUCCCCAUCUGCUGUCAGCACCGCUUCUUCAACACUGGUUUCACCACUCAGAAGUCCUUUAGCAACUUCAUCAAUAACAUCUCAACCACAGGGUCAUGAGGCAGUUGUGUCCACAGUUGCUUCAACUCCUUACAAACGUGUUCCACCACAGAAACCUGAUUGCCAGAGCUCCUUUGACAAACAGGUCUUGAGACAGGUCAAGACAAAUUCAGCAUUAAGACAGAAAAUGAAGUUUUCAAAAUUGUCACGUAGCACAGCACGCAACUUCAAAAUCACUAAGACAACAUUCUGCUGUGUGAAGCGUCCCCAGCCGAUGUAUGUACAGCAAGGAAAUAAUCGGAAAAUAUCCAUGUAUUCUAACUGGAGACCUGGAGGAAGCUGUCCCAACCCUCUUGGAAUCUCCUGGAAGGCCCAUCUUGCACUAUACGACACGAGUAGGAACAAGAAGCCACGAUUUUACUAUGUCACUACUAGUAUAUCACCACCACAGGGUGGUAUUGUAACAGAGUCAGCAGGAUGGAAACCAGAGACAGUUACCAAAGCAGUUGACAGUUCAACAGCAGAAGUCCAGCAACGGCAGGCAGUAAGUGUUUGUGCAUCUAAGCCAUCAGAUAUAGGAUCAGCUGAUAAAUCGAUGCUUGAAUUGGAUGCACUCAAAGCCAAAGAGAAAAAGGUGAAGGAAAUAUCUGAUCACAGUGAACCAAACCGCAUUCAGAUAUUCAGUGGAGGCUACAAAUCAAAUGAAGAUUAUGUCUACGUACGGGGUCGUGGUCGUGGUAAAUAUGUCUGUGAAGAAUGUGGGAUUCGGUGCAAAAAGCCAAGCAUGUUGAAGAAGCACAUCCGGACGCACACAGAUAUGAGACCCUACCAAUGCCAGAUUUGUAAUUUUGCCUUUAAGACAAAGGGAAACCUGACUAAACAUAUGAAAUCGAAAGCACAUAGUAAGAAGUGCACCAAAAAUGGGAUCCCAACAGCAGAUGAAUCUUGCAUGGAACAUCAAUUCUCAGAUGCUGAUGAUGAAGACACAGAUUCUGCUGAUGGCGACACCACUGAUGAAGAGGAAGAUGAUGAGGAUGAUGAUGAUAUCUCUGAGACCCGUUCUGAAAGUGCUGUCCCAGUCAGUGGAAUAGUCCCUCAUAGGGAGCGUUACAGCUCAGUACCCAAUAUUCAGGAUAUGCCUGACAGCAUAGAUAGUCAAGGACGACCUUUGAUAUGGCAUCAAUACCACCCAGGACAUUCCAAGAAAGGGCAGAGUGAGACACAAGACACAAGGACUAGGAGAGACUCUUUAAGUUCAAUUCCAUCCUCUGAUUCUCCAAAGAGUGGAACAGCACCAAAGGAUGAGGAAAAACAGCCAGUUAAGCUUUCCAGGUCUGAAGUUGUUGGGAAACUUAGUCGUCAUCUCACCAACAGGCAUCAGCAAAGUCUUGAAAAGGCACAGAAGGCCAGUGCCGCUGCCACAGGGAAGUUUGAAGAUAGCAAAGACCAAGACAGUUGUACAGUAUUUGACAUUUCACAACUGCCACCAAUUCAUACCAGUAUCUUGCUACCGCAAUCGGUGAAUCCAUCAAAUAUAAUUCAGCCUCAUGGUAGCAAGAGUGAUAAGCAACCUCCAGCACCACCUGUUCUGGACAAGUAUGGCCACAUAGUGCUAACUAUGUCCAAUUCAUCGGCCAGUCAGUAUCGUCUGUCAACCACCAUUCAGGAUAAUCUCGCUACCAGAAACAAGCGAGGAACGAGCAGUGGAGACAUAGCUACCCACUUGUCGGUGCCCAGCCCUGUGCAGCUUUCUACAACCAUAGAUAAGCAGGUUACUGCUAAUGUAACACCUUGUCAUCACAGUGCAGAAUAUUUCACAUCAGGAUCAACCUUCAUCCAAACCCAGCUUCAUAGUCCUGCUGCAUCCACUGAAUCUACCUCAGGGACACUAUCCCAGAAAGAUCAUGUGUCAAGUUUUGUAAGAACUCCAAGCAGCAUACCAACUGUGAGCAUCUCACAAGCAGACACCAAUGUUCCCUGGGCUUUUACGUUUCCAUCUCAUCAAGAACCUCCUCCAAUAGCAAAAGUUCCUCCCGGGCAAUCCACUUUAGUUGUUGGUGUGAGCCCAGUGCAUGGAAUCUCAAACAGAGAGGUGUUUCCAAACUAUGCAGUCUCAAGUGACGCUCAACUAGUGGCAGGAUCCAGCCCCAGAGCUUAUCCAACUAACUUUGACCUAUUUCCUCAUCUACCAAGAACAGUGUCACCUCAGUUUUUCCAUGCUUUCCCAGACCCCUCACAGCCAAUUGCCUCUCCAAGUCUGAAUUCCAGCAGACCAGUUCUUCAGUCAACAUCUCAAACACAGCGACUGUUUUCACCAAGAAGUCAUCCAAUUUCAGUUGCACCAUACCCUUCCUCAAGUGAAGUGACUCACAGCAUACCACCACCGAUCUUUGUGGAAGCUGUAUCAGAUGAUGAAGAGGAACACAGCCCCAGGAAACGACAGAAACUUGAUACUGAGCAGAACAAAAUCAUGGUGUCUGGUCAUGUUAUAUGUGGGAAUGCUUCAUCAUCUGUGCCAUCUUGGAUGUCAGAGCCAGGAAGUGCCAUCAAGCAACUGCUGUUAGCUCGACCGUCUCUGAUCGCACUACCACAAGAAAGUACCAAGUUUCCCUUCUCACCCUUUCUACCUCCAUCUUUGGCAUCUCCAAAACUCUCAAAGAGCAACUCCAACUUAUUGAGUAGCUCUCUUCAACCACCAUUAGUCUCACCUAUUGUCCCUUCAAAAAUGAUGCAGCUGCCUCCAACAAUUUUGUCUCAGGUGAGAUCUCCAACCGUGCAAUCAAGUUUCUCUCCAAGAGAUGAACAUCAAGAAUCCCCUGGGCCAUUUGUUCCUCCUGUUGCACGAGCCAAGUCACAGUUUCAAGUUGUGCCUCCGCAGUCCCAGAUGCAUUGUGAUAGGUCACCAAGUGUGAAUCAGAUCCCAGUAGAGGUAGCUGAAGAACUUGUCUCUUCUCCAACGCAUAUUGGAAACCACAAGUGCUCCAGCUGCAGCAAAAUAUUUAUGAAGCCAAGCCAACUAAGAAUUCAUAUGCGGAUCCAUCUUGAAGAAAAUGCUUUCUCAUGCCCAGAAUGCAUGCUGUCUUUCCCCACAAGGAUUCUGCUAGCCAAGCAUGAAAGGUCAGAAGAGCAUCUAUCCAAAGUAGAUGCUGUGGAGCUGCCUUCCACAUCCACUGAGAGUGACCCCCGUCCUUUCAAGUGCAAGGAAUGCCAAAUCGCAUUCAGGAUUCCAGGUCAUCUAGCAAAGCACCUGAGGUCAAGAGGUCAUCGGAUGACCUUGGAGAGGGAGGGAAAGCUGUCCCUUCCUAAAGAGGAGCAGAUUGGUCAUGAGAUGUCUGAUGUUGAGCAAGGAGAUCUUGUCAUCGAUGAUAGCCAUCAACCUUCUAGCCCAGCAGGAUCAUCUGACAAGACAGACAGUGCUAGUGAAGGUGGCGAUAUAGAUCAACUUAACUCCACCUCAACAUGAAAGCACUUUCAAAUGGAAACAAGUGUUAGCUACAACAGGAGAACCAGAUACAAUUAAGGAGCACGUGGGUGUGAAAUGGAAGGUAAACAAGGAACUCCAGGACGCCAUGGUCGUAAUAGGGCUGUAAAUGAUUUCUAUUGUCAGUAGCAUCAAUAGCAGCAACCACAAGUUUCCUACAUGUAUAUUAUGAAACACCUCAUGACUAAUUCGUGAGCAAAGUGAACUAGUGUGAAAUAAAAGUUUGAAUAUUUUUUAUUCGAGAAAAAACAUGAUAAACAGUUUCUCAAGAAAAAAAAUGGUAAAAUACAUGUAACUGAAAAUAGUCUACCGAAUUUCGGGUGUCUGUACAGCUAAAAAAUUAGUCUUUAUUAUCCAGUAAGUGUCAAGCUAAGGCAUGAUGGUUAAGUUUUACACUUUUUUACAUGAAGAAAAGGUCUUGCACCGAACGUAAUCUCAUUGCUUUAAGGGUUGGAAUGGUUUUUAUGAAGAUACAUGUAGAGUGCAGAGUUAAUAAGUGUGAGUAGACAGGACUUUGCAGCUUAAUGUGAAGGAAAUGGGUUAAGACAGUUUUAUUGAAAAAGGUGUCCAAUAUACUGUACUAGAAAGUUCUGCUUAAAUGAAAUUCUUCAUAUGAACACAAUCAAAUUGUGUUUUGUACAAUAAAAUGUGUAUUUUUUGUAUCGAAAGUAUUGGUUAAUACAUGUACACAUAUUAAGAACUUUGAUUGAAACAAAUUUAGUUUUAAUAAAAGUAACAGAAGUUUGACAGAAAUUAUAAAAGUAAAAAAUCUAUGAACUUUGCUUCAUGCGAAAUGUGAUGUUUUAUCGACCAAAGUUUGAUAGUGUAAACAUGAGAAAAACAGCACACACACAGAUGCAUUCAUCAUUAGAGAUUUGAAGUAACAUGUAGAUUUCAAGUGUUAUUCAUGCAAGAAAGGCCACUUUCCAUUGGGAUACUCAAUUGCAAUACUUCUGUUCUCAAGUCUGUAAAUUGGACAUCUGCAGACGUGAUUUUUAGAGGUUUGUUUUUGAAUCAGAGAUUUUUGGGGGCAUUGAGAGCAGCGAUACAUAUAAAAGUAAACGUACACAUAUAAGUAUAGUUUUCUAAACGAUUAUUUGGCUCCACGUUUGCUCUGUAAUUGGAAAUAUGAUAUAAAAGUACUUUGCGGUAGCUAAUGGUUUUGUGACUUGUCCAGAAAAAAAGCUGAAUGUCAUUGAUGUCAAAAUCACGUGAAAGAUACAAUGUACAUGCACCUGUUGACUUUUUCGACUAGAAACCUACGAAUGAUAUCAUACAAAUUAACUUUUAUUCUUCAUCUGUGAUAAGUUGAAGUAAUUUCAACGUGAUCUCAGCCAACAUGUUAGUGAAAGAGAUGUAGGGGUUAAGAUAUAAGCGAUGACUUUACGUCCUUGCUGAACAGUGCGCCUGUGUUUUUUCCUUUCUGAAUCAAACUUUGAGAACACUUCAAAUGACUUGAAAUAUCUGUGAGAGUAAAACUUGCACAGAUAUUUAAGUUUUUAUUAUUUUGCAGCUUUAUUUCUGUCGGCCACUCGAGUUCUAUUUUCUUGCUUUAGUGCUGCCCAGUGUAGAAACUACAGGUACCCAAACAAUGAACAUUAGGAAUUAUUUAGAUAUAAAUUAUUUUCUGUACUUUAAUUAGAUAAUUUAGACCUGGCAUGUUCUUCAAAGGUAACUUUAUACCUGUGUGCUUUGUUUUUUAGACCUUUGGUGUAGUCCCGGUAACCUUAUACAGAAUUAUCCGCGAAUAUAAACGCGUGUAUGUACACGUGAACGUACAUGUACAGUGCAAAUGUUUACGAAAGAGAAAUUCUAGUUUGCACGUUUUCACCGUUUGAUAGAAAACUGCACUAGUUUGAUUGUAACAGGGUGUUAGGAAAGGAUGGGUACAAUGACGUCAGUAGUUAACAUGUAAGGACAAUUUUUUUUUAUUAACUGCCAAUUAAGCUGUAGACUUUUCAAAUGUUGCUACAAAUGUUUCUUUGAGCUGCCGUAAUUCAGAAACGUUAACUUACUCAUGGGAGAGGUAAGUGAUUGUUACUUAACAAUCAUAUUGGGGAAGAAAUAUGAGGAAGAAAAAGAAAAAAAUACCGAAUUAAUAACCGAUUGUCGAAUUGAUAACCGAAUCGCAAAACUUCGCUGGCACUCCUGGCAGAAAGUUACCUGCAAUGCUAGCUGUGACCCCGUGUGACGUAUUCGCUUCACUAAAAUUUUUUGCAAGGCCAUCCACUCUUCCCAGCGUCCGAACAGGGCGCUGGUUACUAGCGAACCGUGACGCGUGCAUUUCCUAGUCGUUCGUUAACCCAGCGAAGCUCAGUUCCGAUCACGGGAGUCUCUGUUGCCAAGAAAGUAGCGCCCUCUUUGGGUCUAGCUCGUCGCUGUACUGUCGUGCCGAACUUGAUCAAAAUGAGUUUGGCAAGAGUAUGUCAAAAGCGCGACAGUUGCGCUGAACGCCGAACGCAAUAGAGCAAUGCCGUACCAGUGUACCAUUGCCAUUUGGAACACGGUAGCGCGCCUUACCCCGUAGAUCUAAAGCACGGUGUUAUAGCCUAGGCCUUAUUCUACGUUUAUGUCAGUAUUGUUUGCAGACAUUGUCUAAAUCAAACACUGAAAACAACCGUAGCCAGGCUUUAAACAAGUUUUCAUGUGGAAGACAACUUCUGCUUAGUUUGUUGCGGUGGAUAAUCAGUUAUAAUGGGCGGGAAAUCACAGAAACAGCUUACGGUCUGGCGUCACUCCAAGCUCUCUCUGUCGUUAAUAUAUAUAUAUAUAUAUAUAUAUAUAUAUAUAUAACUAUAUAUCAUGGAAGCGCCCUCGACUGUCUUUGUAUAAGGCCUCAAACCAACAGCUGAAAUUUUGUUCCUUAUGUUACAAAUGAUGUUCAUGUAAAGUAAUAAUUUGUUAUGUAUCAGACUUAAAAGAUGUAAAAUAUGGAUUGAUUGUGUUGUGUGAUUCCUAUAUGCGUGGUGGUUCUGAACUUUAGCAGAUGUUCAUAUUUCUAUUUAGUAUUCUAUUUCAUUAUUGGUGGUAGUUUUACCCCUAUCGUGUGUAUAGACAUUAUACAGAAAUAUAUUUGGCGAUAUUUACAACAUAA